AUGGUAAUACAGGAGCCCAAGAAACCACAACUGUGCAGCGCGUGUCGCGCUGUGACCUACUGCAGCAAGGAAUGUCAGAAAAGGUCCUGGAAGUAUCCCGUUGUGCCGAGAGCUCCUACGCACAAAGAGACGUGCGGAGACAAUAAACUGCACAUGCUGCGCCUUCCCGAUACCCAAGCAGCGAUCAGGCAGUUCCCUUGGGGUCGCAUCGAGCCGGAUGGUACUUUCAACCUCUCUGUCGCCAAGGCUCGUUUCAAUGUCUUCGGUGGCACGGGUAUGGGUUUUUGGAGCCAUCGCAUCAGCCGCUCGUCCCAUCAAGACGAACGCUAUCUGGGCGGCGAAAGUAAGAAAACCUUAGGAGCGAGACAUCUCGACGGUUACGACUUGCUUCAGCGUUCGACCCAUCUCGAUGAUAAGUCGGGGUGGAAACUUGAGCCAGAUCUGACGCCUUUCCGGGAUCUGUCGGCUAUAGGCGAGGAUAAGAGGCCAGUGCUCAUCACGGAAUUCGAAGAAGGUGUAAGAGAUUGGUCUUCCUGGUAUGGUUGGCGAAAGCUGCCACUGAAGUCACCUGCCGCCCUUCUAAUGGACUACCCUCUAUCGGCAUAUUGGCUUCUCACGCAUACACUUGGGCUUACGAAUGCUUUGUCGGGAGCGCCCGAAAAGCGCAUUCCCCUCAGCGUUCAUGUCUUGGGUGUUGAGGUUGAGCUUAACUUUAUACCGUUGUACUCGGAGUUGGCGUUGCUAUUGCCUUACCAUGACAUCAAGUUGACUUUCUUUGGGUACGGCGCCCGCCAACUUGCACUUGCCUCCGCGGCGAACGUAGGGGUGACGGACUCACCCGCCCGCCGCGCUUUCAAGGAUUCAAACACGCCGAUCUUUGAAUAUACUGCCCCCGACUUUCUCGGCAAUGGGUCGAUUACGAUACUCCUGCACGGAGACUCCGACUCUUGGUCUGCUGCCUUCGCAGAAAACGACCCUCCGGAUGCACUCAUCGCGAGCAACGCUGGGCUAGGGUCUUACGCUGGUUGGAUCGAUGUCAUUCGAGCGGUGCAUCUUCGUAAUAUACCUUUCGCCGUCACAGAGUAUGCGGAACAAUCUGCAGAGACGCAGACUCGAGCAUCGAUCCCAGGGUUCAUUGCCCCACUUCCUCCACGCGAUUACACCAUCGAACUCAACCCUUUUCAUAAGCCGGGUCAACGCUGGAUGCCGCGCAUACGUCUCCCGAACCUCUACAACGGGUUCUGUAUAAGAGUAGUCAGCAAAGAUGAACCGUAG